CUCAGAUACAUAAUGAGGACAAAAAUCAUGGCAGUGCUUUUGUUGGCCGUCAUUUUGACAGAGCUUUCUGUCGUACAAGGUUGGUGGGGAGGUAGUCGAGAGAGUAAAUCGAGUAGUGGAGGGAGUAAAUCGAGUAAUGGAGGGAGUAAACCGAGUAGUGGAGAAAGUAAACCGAGUAGAGGAGGGAGUAAACCGAGUACGAGAGGGAGUAAACCGAGAAGCGGACCAAGUAAACCAGGUGUGGGAGAAAGGAUCAGUUCGGCAGUAAAAGCUGGUUUUAAAAGCGCUAAAGAGACAUUCCAAAAGGCCAAAGAGAAGGUAAAAGCUGCGGCUGACUUUACAAAACAGGCUGUUCAAGGAGCCGGAGACAUGAAGAAGGCGUACAGUGACAUGAGGGAAGCAAACUGGAAGAAUUCAGACAAGUACUUCCAUGCACGUGGUAACUAUGACGCCGCCAAAAGAGGACCCGGCGGUGCAUGGGCAGCAAAGGUCAUCAGUGAUGCAAGGGAAAAUUACCAAAGCGGAUUGAGUGGUCAAGGACCAGAGGACACGGCUGCCGACCAAGCGGCCAACGAAUGGGGCCGAAAAGGUGGAGACCCGAACAAAUACCGACCCAAAGGACUGCCAGACAAAUAUAGAUAAAAAAAUCCUUAUGACACUGAGCGCUCAAUUUUUAUUAUUAAUAAGUUUUUGUGUUUCUAUGGCUGGAAUAAAACUGAUGUUUUCUCUACCCUUUAA